AUGUCGGACUUUGAACAGCGCCUAGCCCGCUUCCUUCCCAGCAACGUACCACCACCACCACCACCACCACCCUGCGACCACGCCCCCGUCGCCUGUGUCCUCAACCCCUCUAACACCUCUGAAUGUCUCGUCGCCCAACUUCAUUCCCGCUGGUUCUCCGAAACACUCCCCUUUCACUCAACCGAGCACCCUUUAGUUUUUUCUAUUUGGCAAGCGGGCUAUGACAGACAAAAAGCGAAGUGGCUCGCAAGUGAGCCUGGCUGUGGACUCACGCGAGCGCCAGAACUUGUCAAAGCGUUGAGGAAGAUUGGUGCUGAUCAGAGGUUGCUUCCUUUAUCUUCUGACCACGACAAGGGUAUGAUUCGCGUAGGCGGGAUCACGGCAUGUAAUCAAUGUAAACCCGGGACGAAUACAUGGUCCUAUUGCGCACCGUAUGAUAUUCGUCGUCAUACAUGUCAUCGUGUGGCUAUCAACCUCAACCUCAACAUCAAAGCGGCGGGAAAUGAUCGAGGGAAAAUCCUCUGUCUUGGCCGCAAUGGCGCAACAAAGUAUUGUGGCCCAAGCGAGUUUAUGGCGAUCAGUCAUGUGUGGUCUCAUGGAUGGCAGGGCAGCACCGAGGACGGGAUAUGUUCUCGCGUUUUGGAUAUGCUUCUUGAAAUUGCGGCGACGAAAUUCAACGUGCAGUGGAUAUGGCUUGAUGUUGCCAUGAUCAGCAGUGAUAAAUCCAUUCGAGCCAUGGCCAUUAAUUCCAUGGACACGGUGUAUUCCACAGCCAAAGCAACACUCGUCGUUGACAGGCUUCUACUCAACUUCACUCCUAAAGCAGAGGACGACAUGCAGACUGCUCUGACAAUCAUAGCAUCGGACUGGAUGACCCGUCUCUGGACCAUGCAGGAAGCCAUGCUCAGCCAGAACAUCCUCAUCCUCACCCAUCGCGAGUCUCAACCCAUCAAUCCACGAGACCUCCUCAACCGCAUCAUUCUCGCCAAACACAAUCCCACACGUUGGCAGCAAUACCAAGCCAUCAAACUCCUAUCUGGAAUGACGCACGACCCCAACCCAUCUUUGCGCAAAGUGGUAACGUUCAGUUAUGAACGCACAACUACGAAUCCGAUUGAUAUGGUCCGCGCUUUGUAUCCGUUGUUUGGACUGAAAUGGCCUUCAGCAGAUACGACGCUCAUCCAGGGACAGAUUUUGUUGUUGAAGCAUUUGGGUCAGGAGGCUGCUAUAUUGACUAGCCUCAGCAGUCCUAUUGGAUUACCGUCACCAUGGGGAUGGGCGCCACUAGUUAUCCCCGGUGCAUCUGGUGGCAGUCUAGCAGGGUAUGGUCGCUACAUCAGUGAGCAGGGUCUAGUGGGAGCAUGGGGUUGGCUCGAAGUUGUGCCUGUGGCCAUGGAGCCGAGAGAUAACUUCAAGGGACGCCUGUCAUCGAAUCGCGGAUGGAUGCAUGAUUUUAAACGUAGUUUCAGCGAUUCUCGGAAGUAUCGCGGCCACCAGCUACCGUUAAGUGAACAACCAAACAAACCACCAGCAGCAGCAGCAGCAGGAGGAGGAGGAGGCACGAUACUAGACUAUGCAAAUUACGCCCUCGGAAUAGGCGCCGACAUCUUCAAAUCAAGCAUCAUAACAACCUUCUCCUCCUGGUCCGACCCGCCAACCCAAUAUCUUGAACUUGCAAAGUUGGUCGGCAUGAAAUUCGUCUUCGCCGCGUUCCACGCAGUGAACAACAAAGACGAGGUAUUUAGGACUCUCCUGACAUACACCGCGAACGACCCCUGGCCAUGGCUAAACCAGAAACUGUUGUUCAUUGCAUCUGCUGAUCUGAGUUCGCAAACUCGUGGUGCAGCCCUAAGAGCAUAUAAUAACCCGCAGUAUUUUGAUCUGGUGGUUGUGGAAUCGGAGCAGAAUGGGCGGUACGUUAUGAGGAGGGUUGGGAAGGUGGUUGCGGCGGGUGUGCAGCUGAAGGGUGGGAGGGAGGAGGCGAUCCAGGGGGUGCUUCAUUGA